AUGUCUGAUUCCACCAAGCGAACCCCCCUAAAACAUGAAGAUCUACUACGGCCCGACGACAGCGUCGCGCCAGCCGCAAAGAAACCCAAGGUCGCUGUGCCCCAAGACUUGGAAGCUUCUCCGCCUUCGGCUGCCAGUGCUAGUUCUGUCCAUCGACAGUUCGCAAAAAUGCUCCCAACAAUGCGCAUACCUCUGGGAGGACGACGCGACUCUCAUAGAGCUUCAGAUUGGAAAAGCUCGCUUCAAGGUCUACCCAGUCGAUUUGUCAAAGACCCAGCGGGAUUUCGCGACAGCAACUCCCCGAUGUCACGACUUCGCGCGCGGGGGAUCGAGAAGCUUAUCAUUAUCGAGCCGCAUAUCGUCGAGAAACCAUCGUCUCUCGCCACUCAAUGCGUCGAACCGUCCCAAGAAUACAAGCUCCCAAAUGGUCUCAUCAAGCUCGCAUACUACGACCUCGCAUCCACCCCCCCUUAA